GUAAUUCUUUCACCAGCAACUAUUUAGAAGCAUGUUAGAGCAUCUAAAUUAUCGCUUGUCGGUGAUGUCACGGUUAUUUUCAAAAUGUCAGUCAAAAGAACACUGAGACAAAGCUAAAUAUAAUCGUCCCGGAGACAGCUACAAACUACCAAAGUCGUCUCAGACUGGAUGUGACCCUGUGACCCCUGGUUGCCAGGGAGAGAGCGGUGGGGCCAUGGCUGUUGGGGCUUCGGUCGGGGAGAGCCAACUCCAGAGGAUUAUCCGAGAUCUGCAUGAGGCCGUUGCAGAGCUUGCGAGGGAGUAUCGGGAAAGCGGGGAGCCAAUCACAGAUGACAGUACCAACCUGCACAAAUUCUCCUACAAACUGGAGUACCUGCUACAGUUUGACCAGAAGGAGAAAACCACAUUUCUUGGAACAAAGAAGGAUUAUUGGGAUUACUUCAAUGACUGUCUGGCUAAGAUCAAAGGAGCCAAUGAUGGGAUCCGUUUUGUCAAAUGCAUCACUGAGCUGAAGACCUCUCUGGGGAAAGGACGGGCAUUUAUCCGCUACUCACUCGUACAUCAGCGGCUGGCUGACACCUUGCAGCAGUGCCUUAUGAACCAGAGAGUCACCAGUGACUGGUACUAUGCAAGAAGCCCCUUCUUGAAGCCCCACCUCAGUGUUGACAUAGUCAGCCACCUGUAUGAACUCAACGAGGUCCAGUUUGAUGUCGCUUCCAGAGGUCACGAUCUUGAUGCCUCCUGGCCAACUUUUGCAAGGAGAACACUGACAAACUCGCCUGGCCACAUGUGGAAACCACCCAGUCGCAGUUCCAGUAUUAACAGUCUAGCCAGCACCUACUCACAGCAAGCAGCUGAGUUCCCAUCCAGUCCUGACUAUGGUCAGGGACUGCUGAAUGACCUGAAUGAGUCCCUCCCUGCCUGCAGAGAAGAUUCGAGCACAGCUGAAGACCUUCGCCUGGAGCUGGACCAGUCAGAGCUGAAGCAGCGAGGGCUCCUAGACAAGGUGCAGCAGCUGGGUGAAGAGGGAGCUGAGCUCAGGGGAGUCAUUGUAGAGCUCCAGAGACAGCUGGAUAUGUCCCUUUCUGCCCAAGAGGAGCAGCGGGGUUUGCAGGGAGAAAUGAAGUCUCUGCGGGAGAGGGAGGAGGCACUGUCCAGAGAGGUGGAAGUGCUUAGAAAUGGGGAGAAAGCUAGGGAGUCUGAACAACAGCUGCUCCAGGAAAAGCUGGCAGUUGCUGAGGGUAAGAACAUAGAGCUCCUUGCCAAGUUGGACGGGGUUCUGGAUGAGAAAGGCCAGCAGGCAGCCAAUUACUUUGAUUCAGCUCAAAAGAUACACGAAUUGUUGGACAGAUUGAAAGAGGCAGAGAAAGGGAAGAUGGAAGCUGCAGCCGAGGUAGAGGAGAAGAAGAGGCAGACAGAGAGGCUAGAGGAGGAGCUGAGAGUCAAGGAGGCAGCUGCGAAGGAGAGUGAAACAAAACUGGGAGCAUUAGCUGCAUCUACAUGUGAGGAGAAGGCCAAGUUGGAGGAGAAAGUUGAGGAGCAGUGCAGUGCCCUUGAUAAGCUGCAGGGGGCCUUGACAGUGAGAGAGAAGGAGGCGAGCAACCUGCAAAGACAGCUGCAGGACCUCCAAAGAUCUCUGGAAGAGAAAGAGGAAGAGUUGGAGGAGGUGAAGAGGAGGGCACACCAAGAUAAAGAUGAACUGCAGAAGAACGCUGGUUGCUUAAAGGAGUCUUUAGAAGCAGAAAUUGCUGCCCUUCAGGAGCAGCUUAAGAAGAAAGAGGCAGAACUUACCUCCAGCAGCAAGACACUACAACAGCUCGAAACCAAGAACCAAAGCCUGACCAAAGAGAAGGACAAACUGGCUGCUAGCGUUGUUGAGCUCGAGGGUAGCAUCAAGGAACAAGCACUGAAGAUAGAAGACUACAAGACACAGUGUGCCAACAUGAUGGAACUAAAUGAGAAACUGCUGACCACAGUGAAGCGAAAUGAGGAGCUGAAGAAAGAGAUGGCAGAAAACAGAACAGGGCUUGAAACCGAGUUAGCAUCUCUACGGGCUUCUGAGAAACAGCUUCGAGGCCAGCUGGAUGACACCAAGAUGACGGUGGAUGAAAAAGAGAGGCACUUGCGCGAGGAGAACCGCAAGCUGGAUGAGAGUCUGCAGCGAGCCACCAUGGCCGCAAAGCUCUCAGAUGCCACGUCAAAGAGGCUUGAGCAGGAGAACCAGAGUCUGAGGGAGGAGCAGGACACUGUGAAAGCAGCUCUCAGCCGCAUGCAAGCUGACCUGAAGAGCGUUCAUGGGCAGAUUGGGGAGUUGGAGAAGAACUUGGGAGCUUCACGCAAGAGUGAAGCAAGCCUCCAGGAACAGCUCCAAGCCAAAGAGGCCCAGUUGGAGAGUAAAGAAAAGGACCUUGUUGAGCUGCAGUCCAUGUUAAAAGCUCUGGAGGCCAGGGAGAAGGAGCUUGAGAUUGCCAAAGCUGAUGCAGAAGCUACCUGUGCUAAACAGACGGAGGUGAUUGAAAGGGUCACCUGUGAGAAGCAAACAAUGGAGAAAUCUCAGCUGGAGAGGAGUGCGGUCCAAGCACAGGAGAGCCAGGAGGUGAAAGGCAAACUGACUAUGAUUGAGGGCCAGUUAGAGGUGAGCAUGAAAGACGUGUCCAGGCUGCAGGCAGAGAUCCUGGACCUCAAGGUGCAGGUGAGGAGGGCUGAAGAGGAAAAGUUAAAAUCUCAAGCACAGCUGGAAGUGACUGAGGCCCAAAGAGAUGAGCUCAGGACUCUGACCGAGCAGCUUAAAGCCCAGACGGAGGCACUGAAUCAGAGGCAUGUAACAGAGCUCAUGGAGUGCAAAAAGAAAGAAGAGGCGCUGACCGAACAGCGUGACAGAGAGGUAGCUGCCCAUGCCGAGUUGGCCAUCUCAGCGGCUGCAAUCCGAGAAGAGCUGUCCACCCUCAAAGCACAAAAUGACAGACUAACCUCGGAGAAUGGCGAGAUACGUGAGGGCCUGCACAGAGCUAACACAGAGAUGGCGGAGCUGGGGAUGACCAUCUGUAAGCUGAGUGCAGAAAAGCAGGAGAUCAGAGAGCACUGGGAAGGGGACAAUCUCAGGAUCGAAGAGCUGGAGAAAGAGGUGGAGCGUAUAGAGGAGGGCAUGGCAGAACUACGGAUGGAGAACACCAAGCUAAGAGAGGAGCUGAAACAAAAGGAGGAACUUCCUAAGACUAUCACAGAGCUCAAGGAGCAGCUGGAGAAGACCAAGAACCAAAUGCAGAGCGCCAAGUGUUCUAGCCGUGAGGAGGCGGAGGCCAUCAAGUUCCAAAUGAGUUCAGAGAGCAUGAAUCACCAGGUCCAGAUGAAGAGUGUGAAUGAGCAGCUGGACAAGGUGAAAGCCCAGCUGCAGGAGGAGCUGAAGAAUGUGUCCAGCUUGCAGGCCAGAGUGUCUGAACUUGAGGAUGUCAAUGAGCAGUACCUGAAGCUAACUGGCGAAAAAGAUGCUCACAUCACAAAGACUGAAACCUCUAUCCGUGAGAGUGAGAGCGAGAUUCAGCGCCUGAGAGAUGCAGUAACCAGUGCUGAAGAUGCACAUUUGGCUGUGCAAAAGGUCUGCGAGGAGCUGAAGGAGAAACUCGGCACAUCAGAAGCAGACAAACAAAGCCAGUGCCUGAAGAUGACUGCGGAGAUCGAUGACCUCAACAGAACCAAGACGAACCUUGAAGAGCGGCUCAUCGAGCUUAUAAGGGACAAAGAUGCUUUGUGGCAGAAGUCGGACGCUCUGGAGUUUGAGCAGAAACUGCGAGCCGAGGAGCGCUGGUGGUUAGUGGAUAAGGAGGCCACGCACUGCCUCGGCUGCCAGGGCCAGUUCACCUGGUGGCUGCGAAGACAUCACUGCAGGCUUUGCGGUCGCAUCUUCUGCUACUACUGCAGCAAUAACUUUGUAAUGACCAAGCACAGCGGGAAGAAGGAGCGCUGCUGCAGGGACUGUUACACCCAACACAGCGCAGUGGUGGAGAGGUUCACCGAGGCAGAGCUGAGUCCUUCAGACACUCAGCCUCCUCCACCUGGAGCUGGACCUCAGCCACCUCCUGAACCAGCCCCAUAUAAACCCACACCCAGGGUAACAGUUUCAGACCCCAGCAACAGAUCUGAUGACGGAGCCUUUGACAUCAUCACAGAAGAAGAAGUAAAUGGGGUCUACGACAGUGACACCACCUCCCAGACCACAGGAGGCUCCCUGGAGGGAGAGCGAGACCGACGGCCCCUGGGGGCAAUGGAUUUAGGUACCGGAGAUGUAACCCCUGAUGACCCUGAGGAGCAUGUUCCUACUGUUCAGGAUUCAGAAAUCAACCUGCUCAAAUCAGGAGAAGUCACGAUGGCUGUCCCUCUCAGCAUCGAUGACAUUUCUCAGUUUGGCGACGGUUCCAGGGAACUCUUCAUCAAGUCCAGCUGUUACAGUGUGAUCACUGUUGCUGUGGGUGACUGCGGGCCAACAAUCAGCUGGAUGUUCUCCUCAGAGCCGAAGAGCAUCUCCUUUAGUGUGGUGUUCAGGGAGUCCGCUGACACUCAGAUGGAACAGUCGAAGGUCCUGAUUCCUCUCACUCGUUGCAGUUCCCAUAAAGAGACAAUUCAGGGGCAGCUGAAAGUGCGACACCCUGGCCUCUACACACUCAUCUUUGACAACUCCUUCUCACGGUUUAUCUCCAAGAAAGUCUUCUACCAUCUGACCAUGGAGAAGCCCAUAAUCUAUGACGGAAGUGACUUUCCCUGAAGCCGGAUGACACUCACUCCCGCAGAGAUGUCAGCGUGAUGUCACAAAGACAUCAUCACGAUGUUGCUACUGGAGAGAUGGCGCUUCAGUGACUGUUUCUGAUUGAAUUGACUUUUUGCUCUUUUGUUCCCCAAACCUGUUUUAGCCAAGUGUUUUAUGUUUUCAAAAACAUUUUUUGUUUUAUUUUUACUCUGUUCUGAGGUGUGCUCAUGUUUUAACUGUGGCCUAAUUGAAGUGUUGUCAGUCGGAUGGAAAUGGUUUUUAGAGUAGAAGAAGAAAUGUUAAUGCAAGUUUUAGCAUACUUUUCUUUUUAAAAAUACCAAGUAGUAUACUUUACUUCAGCUUUUUUUUUUAGCUAGACAAAUGUGGAAUUUUGUUAUUUAUUUCUGUAAUUUUUGUCUGUCUUACUUUUUGGUUUGGCCUCUCUUUUCCCAAAUAUACUGUUACAUUAGGGAAUGCAGAUUUUUGCAACAAUAGCAACACUAUCAGUAUGAAAUAUGAUAAAAGACUGUCAUCAAAUGAUAAAUAUAUAUCAGAAAAAAGAUAAAUCUGUAAAGACCCAGGAAAGAUUUUUUUACAUUUGCAAAACCAUGGCCAGUUAAAAAGGCUUCAAGUGUUUUUAAAUCAGAUGCCCAAAUCUAUAUUUUGGCCAUUUCUAGAUUGUAUCUAGAUUGAUUCUAAGAAGACUAGACAGCUCAACAAAAAAAACAAAUACAUGACAUGCUAUUCAAAUCUGAAUCUCAGUCUGGACACCCGCUCAUCAGAUUUCAAAGCAUUUUUUGUCUCACUGGCAGUGUGACACACAACAGCGACGUUAAAUCCAGAGAGACGGAAGUGCAUCAGAGUACUCAAGUAGAGCACAGCCUGCCACUUGCAGAGCAGUGUGUAAGACAACACAGAGAACAACAAUCUGAAAUAAACUCUGUGGCGGUUUUCGAGAGCAAGAUGACUGAUCUUCAGAUUGUAAAGCUUCAUCACCAGUGUACGGAGUUACUGACGCCUACAUUGUGACCAUAGCAAACCUGUUCAGAUAUGUCGGUGUUGUCUCGACAUAAAGAUCUGAUCUGAUCUGAUCACUUGCAAAUAACAGUAUGCUCCCCAAAUAUUCCAGAUCUGUUUUGAGAAAGAAAUCGAUUUGCCUGCUGUGUGAACAAAGCAUACGUUUGCACUUUGCCAGUGCAGGAAGGAAACAAAGUAGUGAAUAGGUACUGGCCUGGAAAAAUACACUUUCCGUUUGAGAAUUAAGCAUGUGCACUAUGUGCAAAUCUCAGGAUUGGGGCAUGCAAUUGUCCCCCAGUAGUAGCAUGUCCUAAUGUUAUGUUUUUGGAAAAGUAAAAGAGAAUAGAAACACUCUCGGCUCAAAGAGACCAACAAACCAGCUUUAUAGGAUCUAAUGAAAGAGAGUACCCGAUCUUCCACAGGCUGAAUUGAUGUGUCAUUAUAAUGAUAUUCAGUUAAAUCUAACACUGACUGCCAGCUUAUGGGCUGUUCUACUUCCAAAGUGCCUGUUAACUCCUAUAGCCAGGAUUAGUUUGCUUCUAUAACUAAAUAUUUUACACAGAACACAGCAGCUUGUAUAAACUGGUAAUAUUCUGUGACAACUUAAUUCUGUUGGCUUUUAAAUCACACUAUGCGCAAUAUCACAGUUUUAUCAGUUGAAAGGAUUUUUCAGUUUGUAUUUCAUUUUUAAUCUCUUCAUGUCAUUUGUUAGUACUCUCAGUGAUCGGAUGGGUUUGAACAUUGUGCGCUGUUUGUUGUGUUUUUUUUAUAGCAAAGCAAUAAGAAUUAGCAAGCUUGAUCAUGUGGGACAAAACCAUUCACUACUUAAUGAUACAAAGGCUUAUCUCUACGCUGCAUUUGUAGAGGUUUUAACGUUUCACACGCAGAUAUCUUUUAUAUUUUUGAUGGGUGUAAAUUGGUGCAAUUUGUAUGCAAAGCCUCAUAUUUUCUCUACAGAGAUGCACUUUGUGAUACUGAUUUUAUAAAUUCUUACAAGCAAUAUUAAAUCUGUUGAGUUUACAUGAUCUUUGUCAAAGAAUUCACACAGGGACAGAUUUUUUUUUUUUUUCUACUUGCUGUUUUUUUGAAGGAUCUUUUUGGAAGUGUAAAUUGCACAUGAAUCAUCGCUACAAGCGCUCAAUAAUAGAACUGUAAAACAUCCAGUAAACAUGAAUAAAACGUGAGAGCAGCAAUGCCUCCAACAUUCGAUAA